CUUCGCCAAAAUUCCAACCAGAAAAGAGGCAUAAAAGUAUAUACCAAAUAAUUCUUCUCCAUAACACUUACCGAAAAUGAAUCAAUCAAUCUGCAGCAACUGCCAUUAAACGGAUAAAAUUCAGGUUGCAAGCAACGUUUUAUGUGCUACUAUUAUCAAGAAAGUGAUGAUUCGAGUUGUGAUGUUCACUUUGGUAGUAGGGUUUUGGGUUCUAUUGAGCUCAGAAAAAGUGAUAUCACAUGGAGAUCACUCUUUUGCGAAAAUUGGAAUACAUCAAGUCACAUUUGCUCUAACUGAUGCUGCCGAUGUGAAAGCUUCUCCUGCCAUUCUAGGAUCAAAGGGCCAAAAUUCUGAAUGGGUGAAUGUGCACAUCAGCAAUUUGAACCCAUCAAACGAUGAUUGGAUUGGAGUUUUCUCCCCUGCCAAUUUCAGCGAUUCAACCUGCCUCCCUGAAAACUCAAGAGUCAGCCCUCCAUAUUUGUGCACUGCACCUAUUAAGUUUUUAUACGCAAACUACAGCAAUCCUAAUUACAAAGAUACAGGAGAAUCAACAUUAAAUCUUCAAUUAAUCAACCAAAGAUCCGAUUUCUCCUUUGUGUUAUUCACAGGCGGAUUAUCAACCCCGAAUCUGGUUGCAGUUUCAAACACAGUUACUUUCGUGAACCCAAAUGCACCAAAUUACCCACGAUUAGCUCAUGGAAAGAUGUGGGAUGAAAUGAGUGUAACGUGGACAAGUGGAUAUGGAAUUGAUGAAGCAAAGCCUUUUGUUAAAUGGGGUCAAAAAGGUGAAGAACAGAGGCUUUCUUCUGCUGGAACUUUGACCUUUGACCAACGUAGCAUGUGUGGUCCACCAGCAAGAACUGUGGGAUGGCGUGAUCCUGGAUAUAUCCAUACAAGUUUCUUGAAAGAAUUAUGGCCCAAUAUGGUGUAUACAUACAAACUAGGGCACAAAUUAUUGAAUAGUACAAUCAUUUGGAGCAAGAUGUAUGAGUUUAAAUCAUCUCCAUAUCCUGGUCAAGAUUCUGUACAACGUGUUAUUAUUUUUGGUGAUAUGGGAAAGGAUGAGGUUGAUGGAUCUAAUGAAUACAAUAAUUUCCAACGUGGGUCCCUUAACACUACAAAGCAACUGAUUGAUGACUUGGAAAAUAUAGAUAUAGUUUUUCACAUUGGAGAUAUUUGUUAUGCAAAUGGAUAUCUUUCACAAUGGGAUCAAUUCACUUCUCAAAUAGAACCAAUUGCCUCAUCUAAACCUUAUAUGAUUGCUAGUGGCAAUCAUGAACGUGAUUGGCCCAACUCAGGAUCCUUCUAUGAAAACAACGAUUCAGGGGGAGAAUGUGGUGUUGUUGCACAAACCAUGUUUCAUGUUCCUUCUGAAAAUAAAGAUAAGUUCUGGUAUUCUACAGACUAUGGCAUGUUUAGGUUUUGCAUUGCUGACUCAGAACAUGAUUGGAGAGAAGGAAGCGAACAAUAUAAUUUUAUAAAAAAUUGUUUUUCAUCUGUUGAUCGACAAAAGCAACCAUGGUUGAUUUUCAUUGCACAUCGUGUAUUGGGAUAUUCUUCUUCUUUAGUUUAUGCAGUUGAAGGUUCAUUUGGAGAACCAAUGGGAAGAGAUAGCCUUCAAAAGCUUUGGCAAAAAUAUAAAGUUGAUAUAGCUAUUUAUGGACAUGCGCAUAAUUACGAAAGAACAUGUCCCAUUUAUGAGAAUACUUGCAUGAGUGAUGAGAAGGAGCAUUACAAAGGCGGCUUAAAUGGGACAAUACAUGUGGUGGCGGGUGGUGGAGGGGCGAGCCUUACCCCGUUUGCUCCAUUUAAAACCACUUGGAGUAUCUAUAGAGAUUACGAUUACGGGUUUUUAAAACUUACUGCAUAUGACCAUUCUACCCUUUUGUUCGAAUACAAGAAAAGUAGAGAUGGACAAGUAGUCUACAGUUUUCUUCUUUUGUUUUCAAUCUUUCAAACUACAAAUUCACGUCUCCAUUUGUUAAAGCACACAAAACAUCUCUCAAAUUCCUUCAAGGGUUUUGCAGCAAUCAUCUUCUUCCGAACGUUACAUAAAAGAUCGAUCAUGGAAUUCUGGGUGGUUGCAGCAGCUACCGGUGCCGGUUACGUGGCCAAGCAUUGGCAGAACUUAUCAGGUGAGAAAGAUGGCUCAUCAAAGCAGUCACAACCUCUGCCAUCGCCACGCCUGCAACAAGACGCACGCCAAGUGUUCGACAAAAUACCUGACUCAGUUUUCCCAUUGCCAAAGUUAGCAAAAAGAUGCUUGUUAGACAGAGAUGUUGAUCACGUUUCAGGUUCGACUUCAACCUUUAUCGAGAAACGAGUAGAUCAAGAUCACACAAAUGAAAUCAACGGAAAACAAGAGUACUUAGACACAUCUUCUAACAAUCGUUUACACAAAUUCAAAACCAAGAACAUGAACAGAAAACCAUUCACGAGUCUACGGCCCUUAGUGGUAACUGGUAACAACAAAGAUUUAAAAGAUCAUAAGGUCGUGUUGAUGGAAGAAAAAGAAAAUGGCAAUGGUGCAUGUAUAGACGACUCACCAUUCUUGGAACAACCAAUUGGAUCAAUGAAGCUUCCAAGAAGACAAAACGAAAACUUUGACAUGGUGUUGUUGUUUGUUGGUAUUUCAAUGGGGAUACUAUCGGGUACUUUUACUAAUCAAAAAGAAAUCGAGCAUCUAAAUAAUUUGCUAGAACAAGCUGAGAAUAUGGUUAAAGAUUUACACUCUCAACUUGAAAUAAAAGAUGGAUUUACCACAAAGAAGCUUGAAAUCGAGCCAGAUGGAACUGCAAUUGAUAGUCCAAAAAGGGAAAAGUUUGAGUUAACAAGUGACAUCGAGGCAGAACUUGAGGCUGAGCUUGAGAGGUUGGAAGAAAAUAUGAAGAGUUGCACAAUGCAAAGAUUGUCUAAUGUUGUGGAGAUUGAUUCAGACUUUGAAGCAGACAUGGCUAGAGGAGAUCUGAACCUAGAUACAAUCACCUGGCAACUCGAUAGCCAAUCGGAAUCAGACCCCAGGGGCAAAACUGGAAAAAGUAGCAAAAGUGAAAGCACCACCACCACCACCAACAACAACAACAACAACCACACUUUCACUCCAAACUACGCAGUUUCACCAAUAGACUUACAAUUACGCCUCCACCAAUUAAUCGAAUCCAACCUCCAAGCACGUAUCAAGGAACUCGAGUCACUUCUCAAGAGCCAAAAUACCCAAAAUAACCCUUGUUCACAUUCACCAUGCUCACAAGAAGAAAACUCUUUCUGGGACUUUGACCACACCAGAAUCGAAUCUUUUUCAUCAACCCCUUAA